AUGUAUAUAUUACGCCUAUCAAACAGAACAAGGGGAAAGAAGAAGAAGAAGAAGAAGAAGAAGAAGAAGAAGAAGAAGAAGAAGAAGAAGAAGAAGAAGAAGAAGAAGAAGAAGAAGAAGAAGAAGAAGAAGAAGAAGAAGAAGAAGAAGAGGCAGGGCAGGGCAAAUUGA